AUGACCACCACCUCCACACAUGUUGUGCUAAGCGUAGCAUGGCAGGAUGCUGGAGAUACUACUCGUGCCAUUUCCAUGGCUAUUGCCUUACGGGACAUGUGCCCAGCAGGUUAUGAGCUCAAGGUCGAUUUUCUGUCAUGUGGUUCGCGCUUCGAGUACCAAAUAAAGGAUGCUGGCUUCAACAUCGUGCCAGCUCAGCCACGGGUUAAAGGCAUAUCAGUGGCCCAUGACCUUGGCUGGGAUUGGCCCGAGUUCUUUGGCUCAGAAGAGAUUGCGAAGACGUUCAUCGAUGGCCAACUGGCGGCUUUCCGAGAAAUGCAGCCUGAUAUCGUCUUCCACGGCAUGUGGGCACCAGCAUCAAUCGCUGCACGACUCCUUGGUAUUCGGACCAUCAACUUCUUGCCAGUCCCCCUUCCAUCCCAGGAGCAUUUGCCCAUGGUCUUGUGCUCCCACGGCCCAUACGGAAACAAAUCGCUUGGUGGGCCCAGUGGAUUGAUGAUAAAAGCGCCUAUCUUUCGGCAAAAGCGAUUAGGUGCUGCAGCUGCCGCCUGCGGAUGGCCAGCCAAAGGACCGAUCUCACUUUUCGACAUGAACAUGGCCGAUCUCAAUCUCGUCAACGACCAUCCCAUCUUUCACAAGGAGUAUCUACAUCUGAUACCAGAGAAUUUCUUUUUUACCGGUCCACUGUACGCUAGUAAUGACUCCGAGCUCGACGAGGACAUCUCGAAGCAUCUGAAGAAGGGACCAGGUCCUUCCAUUCUGGUGACAAUGGGCAGCUCCGGCACAGAAGAGUUCCUGUUUGAGGCAAUUAAGGCACUCAGAUUGGACCCUGAGGACGAUUGGACUGCCGUCGUCCUUGCAUCGAAGUCCAUUUGCUCAAUCGAUAGGGCAAAUGAGAUCGCAGCGGGAGAUCCACGCCUCUUAGUGACCGAUCGGUUCAUCCCUGCACCUGCUGCAAACGCCCUGGCAGAUGUCGUUAUCACACACGGUGGUCAAGGCACAGUCCAGUGUGCCCUGGCGGCAGGUAAGCCGAUCGUUGGGGUUGCAUUGCAAGUCGAGCAGCAGACCAAUCUAGACAAUGCCAUGAACGCAGGUGCAGGUGUUCGAAUUCAAAAGCAAUCUUGGAAGGCGAAAAACAUCCGCUCCACGGUUCUUAUGGUGCUCAAGAACCCUCAGUAUGCUGUGAAGGCGAGGAUGUUAGCGGAAACUCUCAACUCUAUGGACGGUGCAACGACAGCAGCAAAAGUGAUGUGGAGUUUCAUCCUCGAGGAGCAGGACGAGAAGUUAAACUCCGGAGACCGGUUUGUAGUCUGA